GCCGGCGGGGGCCGGGGCCGGGGCCGGGACCGGGCGCGUUUUGGGGCCGGCGGGGGCCGGGGCCGUGCCGGGCCAUGGCGAGCUCGGAGCGGAGCGCGCUGCUCACGUACCGCCUGUGCGGCGGCUCGGGCGAGGAGGAACGGGGCCGGGAGCGCGCCCGCGGCCGGGCCGCUGCCGCCGCCGCCCCCCGCAAGCUGCCCACCUUCCUGGGCGUCGUGGUGCCCACGCUGCUCUCCAUGUUCAGCGUUGUCCUCUUCCUGCGCCUCGGGUUCGUGGUGGGCCAUGCCGGGUUGUACCAAGCCCUGGCCAUGUUUGCGGUGGCAUACUUCAUCAUCGGCAUGACAGUACUGUCUGUGUGUGCCAUUGCCACCAACGGGGCACUGGAUGCUGGAGGAGCCUACUAUAUGAUCAGCCGUGCCCUGGGCCCAGAAUUUGGGGGCAGCAUUGGGAUCAUGUUUUUCCUGGCCAACGUGUGUGGCAGUGCCCUCUACGUGCUGGGGUUGGUGGAGGCGGUGGUGGACAGCUUUGGGAUCCCACCUGGGCAAAAAGUGGGCACAGGCGUCCAUGUCCUGCCUCAGAGCUACUGGUACGAGCUGCUCUAUGGCACCGUGCUGCUGGCCCUCUGCCUCCUCGUGUGCCUCGUGGGUGCCUCCAUCUACGCCAAGGCUACCUUCCUCAUCUUCCUCAUCGUCGCAGGCGUGCUGGGCACCAUCCUUGUCAGCUUCUUUGCCACACAGCCCAUCGGGGUGCCCAUCCGCCUGCCCCACUUCAAUGGCUCCGAAACUGAGAAUGGCUCCUUCACUGGCUUCUCGCUCGCCACCCUUCGAGACAACCUGGGUGGUGGGUACGGGGUGGACUACACCACAGGGCAGAUGAUGAGUUUCAGCUCCGUCUUUGCAGUGAUGUUCAAUGGCUGCACCGGCAUCAUGGCAGGCUCCAACAUGUCAGGGGACCUGAAGCGCCCGAGCUACUCCAUCCCACGGGGCACCAUCUCUGCUGUGCUCUUCACCUACCUCGUCUACAACCUGCUGGCAUUCCUCAUGUGUGCCACCUGCAACAGGACCCUCCUGCAGAAAGACUACGGUUUCCUGCGUGACAUCAGUAUCUUUCCACCCCUGGUCACAGUGGGCAUCUACGCUGCCACCCUGUCCGCAGCCAUGAGCAACCUCAUCGGGGCGUCCCGCAUCCUCUACGCCCUGGCCCGCGAUGAUCUCUUUGGCCGGGCGCUGGUGCUGGCCAAGAAGACGUCUGCGAGUGGGAACCCCGUGAUGGCAGUGAUCCUCUCCUGGCUGGUGGUACAGCUGGUGCUCUUCUCCGGGAAGCUCAACACCAUUGCAGGGGUUGUGACCACCUUCUUCCUCCUGGUUUAUGCCACCGUCAACCUGGCCUGCCUGGCACUGGAGUGGGCAUCGGCCCCCAACUUCAGGCCCACCUUCCGGUACUUUACCUGGCACACGUGCCUGCUGGGCAUCGCAGGCUGCUGCGUCAUGAUGUUCCUCAUCAGCCCCGUGUCGGCCUCGGCGAGCCUGGGCUUCCUCCUCCUCCUCCUCCUCGCCCUCCACUACCUCUCGCCCAGCAGCACCUGGGGCUACAUCAGUCAGGCCCUCAUCUUCCACCAGGUGCGGAAGUACCUGCUGAUGCUGGAUGUGCGGAAGGACCACGUCAAGUUCUGGCGCCCACAGAUGCUGCUGAUGGUGCAGAACCCGCGGGGCAGUGCCCGCCUCAUUGACUUCGUCAACGACCUCAAGAAGAGCGGCCUCUAUGUCCUGGGCCAUGUUGAGCUGCAGGACUUGGACAUGCUGCCCUCGGACCCGCUGCAGCCCCAGCAGGACUCGUGGCUGAGCUUGGUGGACAAGCUGAAUGUCAAGGCCUUUGUCAGCCUCACCCUCGCACCCUCGGUGCGGCAUGGCGUCCGGCAGCUCCUCUUCACCUCUGGCCUUGGCGGGAUGCGCCCCAACACCCUGGUGCUGGGCUUCUAUGAUGACGCGGCGCCACAGGACGGUCUGGCCCGGCACCCUGCCUUCACCAGCUCCCGCGAGGAGGUCCCCCUGGGCUUCCCUCCACUGCGGGCGCCCGCUGCCCCCAAGCUGCUGUCGGCCCGGGAGUACGUGGGCAUUGUGGCGGAUGCCCUGAAGAUGCUUCGCAAUGUCCUGCUGGCCCGGCAGCUGGAGAGCCUGGACAAGGCCUGGGAGCUGCGGCGGGCCGCCAGCCCCCCACCCACCAUCCAUGUCUGGCCUGUCAACCUGCUGCGACCUGACAGCGCCCGCUACGCCGACACCUGCAGCCUCUUCCUGCUGCAGAUGGCCUGCGUCCUCAACAUGGCGCGGGCCUGGCGCCGGGCCCGUCUGCGCCUCUUCCUCUGCGUGGAGGCGGGUGCCAUGCCCCGUGCCCAGGAGGAGAAGCUGCGCCAGCUCCUCAAGGACUUGCGCAUCCAGGCCCAGAUCCAGCUGGUGCCCUGGGAUGCCGUCACCCGCCUGCACUGGCAAACCCGCCAGGGACCUCCAGGGGGGCCGGCGCCCGGCGGGGCAGUGGAGGAGGAGGAGGACGGGGCCGUGAACUUCCCGGCCAAUGCCACCCAAGUGUCGGAUGAGUAUGUCUGCGCUGCCAACAAACUCGUCCUGGAGCAGAGCCCCGCGCCGGCCGUACGCUUCCUCUAUUUGCCGCGGCCGCCGGCCAACACCAGCCUCUACCCGCUGUACCUGCACCAGCUGGAGCUGCUCACCCGCGGGCUGGGCCCCACCGUGCUGGUGCACGGGGUGAGUGCCGUCACCAGCACCCAGCUGUAGGUCCCCUCCCGGGUCCCCCCGGCUCCCUGUGCCCUCCUUCGCCCAGUGCCUUUAGCAGCCCCAGCCUGGGGACUUCCCCGGCCCUGGGCAGGGAGGGGUUGGGUCGAGGGGUGGGUUGUUUUUUGGGGGGUGUCUCCUGCAGAGGAUUAAAGCUGCCCUGGCAGGAUCCAGGCACAGCCCCGGCACUGGCUGGGCAGUGCGGUGCAUUCACGGUGCCUUUUCUUUGGGGGGGUGGGGGGGGAGAGCGGGGUCCCAGGGGUGGUCGAGCACUGGGUGCCCUGGCUGGCUGCUGGGAGCCCCUUAGUCUCACCCUGCACCCUGCCUCCCCGUGCUUCCCCCCCGCUCCUGCAGCCCCCAGCCUCUCCUCCGCUGGCUCCUCCGGGCACCCAGCCAGCAGCGGGGAUUGAUUAAAGUCAGCCUCGACCUUGGUGCCCCGGCUCCCCGCCAUCCUCCCUGCCUUUCAUUAGGAAAAAUUAAAUGGGAAGGAGUGGGGGAGGGGAGCCCGGACGCCUGGGUUCCCUGCGUGAGGCUGGGUGGGGGGUGGGUAGCAGCUGGGUGCUGGCCCUACUGCCUGCGGGGUAUGGCACCCCAGAUCUUGCUCCUCAGAGCACCUCCGGCACUGCUGGAUGGGGGGCACCUAGAUGCUUUAAUCUGUAUUGCCCGCCCCCACCACCAUGGGGUCUGAGCCCCUCGUCCUUCUAGGGAGGGGGAAAAUGAUACGAGGAUGGGGCAGUGGCUUUGCCCAGACACCUGGGUCCCCUGGCCUUGCUCUGAGAUCUGGCUCAUGGGGCAUCGCCACCUCCCUGAGCCCAUCAUGACCUGUAUGGGGGAGCUGGCAUUGCCCCCUGCCCCCCCUGCUUAUUGAUUAGAGGAGGGCAGGAAAUUGCCUGGGCUCUGGGUGAUAAAUCCAUCAGGUGCCUGGCAGGGGGGGCAGCGUGCCAGGGCGCUGCCUGAUGGAUCGCUUCCUCUUAGCCCCAGCACAGAGGGGGAGCUGCUCCAGGCCAGGCUGGGCUCGGAUGGGGGGGACAAGCAUGGCACUGCUGCCUGUGCCCGCUCUCGCCAAGCCUGGCACUGCCAGCUGGCAGCUCUGCUCAGCCGGAGGGCUGGAAAAACCCAGGCAGCCGGGUGCUGCUAGGGGGAAAAAAAAGGGGGAGGGGGGCUUGCUCCCCACAUUUUUGCAGUGGUUUGUGCCUGAAUUUGUGCCCAAAUCCCCACCCCGGGGGGCGGGCAGGGGCCUGGGGCUGGCUUUGCUCCCCGCUGUGGGAGGGGGGUGCCCCGGGGUGCGCACCGCACAGCCCACGGGGUUUAUUUACAAACAGGCGGGAGCUGGCACAGGGCAGCCGGGCACCAGCGGGACCCGGCGGCCUAUAAUGUUAAUUAUCACCACGUAAUUAAAAGCCCAUAAAAAG